CUUCCUGUCUCUCCGUUUACACAGUCUCUGCAGAAGUCACAAGCGCUCUCCUGGGUGGGCUCCUGGUCGCGGAGCACCCAGCCUUCACAUAGACACACCUGUGUGAGAAGCCGGAGGGGAAGAAAGACACAGGCCCAGGGGCCCUGCCCUUUGUGCACGAAGGCCCGGGACCCUGCCUGCCUCAGCAAGGCCACAAUGAAUCAAGGAGCCGCUUUUAGGCACCUGCUCCUGGUGCUGCAGUUGGUGAUGCUCGAAGCAGCUGUGCCUCAGGGAAAGGAAGUGGUGCUGGGGAAGGCAGGAGGCACGGCAGAGCUGCCCUGCCAAGCAUCCCAGAAGAAGUACAUGACCUUUACCUGGAGACUUUCUUCCCAGGUCAAGAUUCUGGAAAGUCAGCACUCCUCCUUAUGCCUUACAGGCUCCUCCAAGCUGAAAACUCGCUUUGAAUGCAAAAAAAUCCUGUGGGACCAAGGAUCCUUUCCUCUGGUCAUCAAGAGCCUUCAAGUCGCAGACUCAGGGAUUUACACCUGUGAAGUGGAGAACAAGAAAAGAGAGGUGGAACUGUUGGUGUUCGGCUUGACUGCCAAGGUGGACCCCAGCGGCAGCGGCGGCAGCAGCAGCAGCAGCACCAGCACCAGCACCAGCAUCUAUCUGCUGCAAGGGCAGAGCCUGACCCUGACCUUGGAGAGCCCCUCCGGUAGUAACCCUUCGGUGCAAUGGAAAGGUCCAGGGAAUAAAAGCAAGAGUGGGGUCCACAGCCUCUCACUGUCCCAGCUGGAGUUGCAGGAGAGUGGCACCUGCACAUGCACUGUCUCCCAGAGCCAGAAGACACUGGUGUUCAACACAAACAUCUUGGUGCUGGCUUUCCGGAAGGUCUCUAACACGGUCUAUGCGAAAGAAGGGGAGCAGGUGGAGUUUUCCUUCCCGCUCAACUUCGAAGAUGAAAACCUGAUGGGGAACCUGAGGUGGAAGGCAGAGGGGGCUCCCUCCUCCCUGCUCUGGAUCUCCUUCACCUUGAAGAACAAGCAGCUAUCUGUGAAAGAGGUUGACCCGUACUCCAAACUCCAGAUGAUGGACUCACUCCCGCUCCGCUUUACCCUGCCCAACGUUUUGUCUCGUUAUGCUGGUUCUGGAAACCUGACCCUGGUCCUUGACAAGGGACAGUUGCAGCAGGAAGUAAAACUCGUGGUGAUGAGAGUGACUCAGUCUGGGAACAAUCUGACCUGUGAGGUGCUGGGACCCACCUCCCCUGAGCUGACGCUGAGCUUGAAACUCAAAGGACAGGCUGCCAAGGUCUCAAAGCAGCAGAAGAUGGUAAGGGUGGAGGACGCCGAGGCGGGAACAUGGCAAUGUCUACUGAGUCACAAGGACAAAGUCUUGCUGGCAUCCAAGGCCGAGGUUUUGCCUCCUGUGCUCACCAGGACCUGGACAAAUCUCUUGACCAUCGUGCUGGGCGGGGUCCUAGGCCUUGUGCUUUUCAUUGGGCUCUGGGUCUACUGCUGUGUUAAGUGCUGGCACCGCAGGCUCUCCCCAUUCCUGCCUCCAAGGGGCACCUCCCUUCUGGAGGCCUGGGACCCUCAUGACUCCUCUCCUUCUUCCUGGACAGCGCCAGGCAGCGCGGAUGUCUCAUAUCAAGAGACUCCUCAGUGAGAAGAAAACCUGCCAGUGCUCCCACCGGUUACAGAAGACAUGUAAUCCCAUUUGAGGCACAGGACCGGGGAGCUUCCCACUUGCAGUGCAGCCUCGCCAGCUGUCUCCCCUUGCGUUUCCUGCUGGGCUCCUGGGCCUGCGGACCAGAUGAAUGUAGCAGACCCCAACAUUUCCGGCUGUCUCCUGCUCUCUUUGUCCACGCUUGGCCAUUGGCUCUCCUCUUGCAGAGGCUUACACCAUUUCCUCCCCAUUUCCUUUGCAUCAAGCCUAGCCCUGAUCCAUGAUUUCUUCCCAGCUCCCUCCCCCAUUGCCUCCUGGGCCCAGGGAACCACAUGGGCCGUACCUGGCAUGGAGGGCAAGGGUGGGUGUCUGAAGCAUGAAGCAUAGGGCUGCCAUUUUAUUGGACAGGACCUUGGGACCAGAGGGGACAGGCACUAGCCGGAGAUCACACAGCCAGUCAAGGGCACAUCCAGAUCAAAAGCCUCCUGACUGCUAGUGUCCACUGCUCCAUUCUCCCCGCUUCCUCACUCUGUUUUGGCAGGGCACGGACUCACAUCCUGACCUGUGCACAAACAGGCACCGCUGGACACAAACCCAUGUACAUAGCCCACCCUUGUGCACAGACACAAUUCCUUCAUCACCCAAGCAGUAUGUCUCAGUUUAUGAGCCAGUCUCACAUCCUUUGUCUGUUUAAACCUUAUGAAACUCUUACGGAGCUAGUACUGACAGGACCAAGAUUAGCAUCUCCAGCUUAUAGACCGGAAAUGGAACUCAGAGAGGUCAGAUGAUUGCCCAAGGUCACACAGCUAGUACGUGCCAGAGUCAGGACUAGCACAGGUCUCCUAACCCCUAGUUCCGUGGCUGUUUCCUGAACACAGACACAAACACCACGCAAAUCUCUGCAUCUGGUUAGUCACUGAUGCCCAGUACCCACCUUUGGAUUCAUAAAAGCACACCACCCCACUCAGGGUCUGCCUCAGAGAGUUCAGAAACACAGAAGAGGGCCUCCCUGCCUAAAAUCCCUCUCUCUCACCUGCUGGUGGCAGAAUCCUGUUACCAGCGGACAAAAGCUGGCAGUUCUCCUAAUCAGAGCACAGGCUGGGAACACAGGCCCUGUGGGAGAGAGUGCCCAGUGACCUACCACUCACCCUGUUGCGGAACCUUCUGGAAGGUGAGCUUUGCCAGGGGGAGGGGGCGAGGAGCUGGCUGGAGAGAGAAUACUCUGAGAGGACCUCGUGGAAGGGUUCAGUCCCCCUGCCCUGCACUUUCCUUCAUCCCUCCUCCAAACCAUUCAGGAAGCAGGAAAACUGGGGUUACAAGUAUUUUUCCUCCUCUUCUUGAACCAUCUCUCUCAGGAACCCUCCGCCUCCUCUGCCUUUCCUUCCCUUCCUUUCUCACCACCUGUGUCAGUCCCUACCCCCUUUCCCUUGUCUUCUCUUUCCAGCUCGCCCCUUCCAGGGAGGAGGACACCUAGUUGACACCAAGGCUCCCCACUGAUUGCUUCGUAUCCCUGCCUGCUCCCGCCCCUGCCUCCCUGAGCUGACAGAAAAAUACAAUAAACUUACUGUAAAGAAGA